UGCGCGGCGCGGCCCGCGGUUGCCGUGACAUCGGGCGGGCGCGGCAGGGCAGCGGGGGUGGCGGCGCGGCCCGCCCGCAGCGCCCGGCCCAGCGGGGGACGGAGCGAGCCGGCGCGGGGUAGGCGGCCCCGGCGCGGGGUAGGCGGCCCCGGCGCGGGCGGCCCUCGGCAGCGAGCGAGGAGCAGUCGGGGAGGUCUCGGGGCGUCGCCGGGCCGCUGCGGGGAUGAAGGACCGGCUGGCCGACCUGGCAGAGUAUAAAGGAACCGAGGAUGGGGAGACAGUUAUUGUUGAAAAAGACCAUUUUAUGGAUGACUUUUUCCAACAGGUUGAGGAACUUAGAAAUAAUAUUGCAAAAAUAGCACAAAAUGUGGAAGAAGUGAAGAAGCAGCACAGCAUUAUCCUGUCGGCACCAAAUCCUGAAGGAAGAACAAAGGAAGAACUUGAAGAAUUAAAUGAGGAAAUAAAGAAGAUUGCUAAUAAAAUCCGAGCCAGGUUAAAGGCUAUUGAACAAAGUUUUGAUCAGGGUGAGAAUGCUAAUCGGACGUCAGUGGACCUCAGGAUUAGAAAAACACAGCACUCUGUAUUAGCUCACAAGUUUGUGGAGGUCAUGACUGAAUACAACGAGACCCAAACUCUUUUUCGAGAACGCAGCAAAUGUCGGAUACAGAGACAAUUGGAGAUAACUGGAAAGACCACCACUGAUGAGGAACUGGAAGAAAUGUUAGAGAGUGGUAAUCCUUCAAUCUUCACUUCUGAUAUUAUAUCAGACUCUCAAAUAACUAGGCAAGCUCUGAAUGAAAUAGAGUCACGUCACAAGGAUAUUAUGAAACUGGAAUCUAGCAUACGGGAACUACAUGAAAUGUUUAUAGACAUGGCGAUGUUUGUUGAGACUCAGGGUGAAAUGGUCAACAACAUAGAGAAGAAUGUGAUGAACGCAUCAGAUUACGUGGAACAUGCAAAAGAAGAGACAAAAAAAGCAGUUAAAUAUCAAAGUAAAGCACGAAGGAAAAUGUGGAUAAUUAUCAUUGUGUCAUUGGUGUCAAUUGCCUUAAUUGCUCUAAUUAUUGGUUUGUCUGUUGGUAUUCGGUGAUGCUUGGAUAACCUCAGCAUGCAUGACUUCCUGCCACUGUGGCAAAAUUGAUGUUCAUAAUUAUAUGUGUAACUGUAUUGCUUCUGAUACUUGGAAUUAUCCUAGCAACAACACUAUCAUAGCAAGCACAUUCCAAGAGUUACGAACCUUCAGAAACUCCAAAAUACACCUUGAGUAAAACCAAACCUUUUUUAAUAAAUGAUGCCUUAUGCCGCCCCAUGAUGAUGACCUAUCACUAAUGGUUAAAAAAGAAAAAAUCACUUGAUGUUUACUCGUAAAUGAAGAUCAGAAUGUAUUAGGAUAUGUAUGGAUUUUCAUUUCAAACUGUAUGUUUGUAAGGCUGAAACUUGCUUUUUAAUUGUUCUGAUGUAACUUGGGAUUUUUUUCAUAUCUCAGUGUUACAAACAGUUUAAAUAUGGAAUUGAGAGACAAUACUGAGUUUUGACUGUUUGGCUUUUUUUCCUACUGCUAAUACAAUCCUAAUCAUGAAUUUUAAUACCUUACCAGUGCUGCUUUUGUUAGCACUCUUUUGAACAUUUUUAUGAGAUGUAGCCUUGUCUUCAAGUGUAUUAUUUUGUCACCUUAACCUAUCUACGCUUUAUACUUAUUUUCUCCAACAAGUGCUAAAAUAUUUUAUUCUGAAAAGACUACUUAUUUAACUGUCUGCCUAUUGCAUUGCACUUGAGAAGAAAAAAAAAGAAAAAAGCUUUUUUACACUUUCCAGGUUGAUUACUUCUGUCAAUAUGACUAAGGUUUAAUUGCUUUAAAUAUUUCCUUACCUUUGUAAUAAAAGUUAAGUUGCAGUGUUUCUGACAAAAGAAUGCACGCUGAAUUUGAACUUGAGCAGAUAAUUCUGCAAAUAACUCUUGUACAAAGGAAGCCGAUAGAUCAGUUUAGCCUUAUUGUUCAUAUAAAUGUGACAAAACCCAUGCUUUUUCUCUAUAAAACCAAGUCAAGAUUUCUUUGUCAGAGGUUUGCUAAUGUUGAUAUGUGAAUAUAGCACAUGGGGAUAAACUCCCUGAGAAAAGUCUGAAAUACAAUGCAAACUAAGGCACUGAUAUGUUAUGAAAUAUGUUAUGUAACAAGUAUGAAGUGUUUUAGUAUAUACAUACCUGUUGUAAUGCUAGCUUGCAGGACUUGAAAGCUUGAAAGACUUCCAAUGUAACCAAGUAACUGCAUUUAAUUUUACAUGUUAUUUUUGUAUUUUGUGUAAAAUAUUUGUAACUUGAGUUUUUGACUUCUCAUUGUUUAAGGAUAUCCCUGUAGAUAUGUAGAUACAUUUACACUGUAAGAGAAAUUAAGUAUGAUGUGCGGCCUUAAACUCAGUCUAAAACUACAGUUGACAAUGUUUCCUAGUACUCGACUAGAAUGUUAACUGCAAUAACUUGGUCCUAAAAGGUUAGAAUACUUAAACUUAGGGUUUUUUGAAAGUGUCUGAGAUCAAAGUUACUCAGUAAACUAUAAUUCAGUCUGACUUAAUGAAAUCCAGCAAAGUUUACAAUUUAUAUUGUAUGUAUGAAUAUUCCUGUGUUGGUGUCCGAACAUGCUGUGAAUGUGCUAGAGCUAUUCAGAUGUCACACAUCUUAAAAAAAAAAAAAAAUUACUGGUCGUCUUGCAAGUCAGCCAUAAAGAAGUAGCUUGAAAAAUUUUGGCUUCGUUAGUGAACAGAUUUCUUUACCUCUUAAGUCCAGAACACUCAUCGAUGCUUGUGAGGAAGUUUACUUAAGAUUGGUUGCCUUAGUACUCAUUCUAGGUAAAAUGUAUUUUUACUCUAUAGUUUUUUUAGAUUUUUGUCAGUAAAUAUUUAUACAGAUACACAAAUUAGACCGGGGGGGGGGGGGGCAUCCAUUCUGCUGUUUUGACAGCUGGUUGCCUAAAGUGACCCCCAAAAUGAUCCCAUCAUGUUGAAUUUUAUUUAUAAUGCAAUAAUUCGCCCAUCAAGACCAGAUAUUUCAAUAGGCCACUCCAUGGUUUUUACAUGUUAUAUAGCUGCCUGAAUGGGUUUGUUUUAGAACAAUACAAAACUUGUUUUCCACAUGAAUUUCUUUGUUCUGUUAAUAUUGGAGGGGAGUAAAUCUCUAACCUAUGCACUAAUAAAUUUAUCUAAGCAAA